AGACACUGCCACACCCUCUGAGGUGCACAGGUUCUUUCACUUCCACACUGGCCAGGUGCAGGGAGCACAGAAGGAGGGAGGAGGAGGCAGGGUCAUUAUCCCCCCACCAAGAGGGUGGAGCAAAGGGGGGUGGGGUGGGGGUGAAGGGAGCGGAUGAGACAUCUGAAGCUCAUAUUGACAUGCUGCUCUGACGGCUCCUGCCUGCACAGUCAUGGAUGGUGUGUUGGAGGGAGCAGUGGUGUUGUGUGUAUGUAAACUGGCCUGCAGUCUUCUCUUCGUGCCCUCACUGAACGCCUCCUACAGCCCUGUCAGCUUCUGCUGCUGCUGCCUCCUGGUCUUCACCGACUUCCUGGUUGCAGUGUCUCUGAGUUUUCUUUGUGUCUUCGGGUCCUGGGUGACGCCAACAACCCCACCGGGUGAUGUCAUUGCCUUGCGUUUCCUGCUGUUCCUCAGCCACACGUAUGGAGCAGUGCUACUCCUGACCACACCUCUGAUCGCUGUGGAGACUCUCACCAGACUGCUGUGGCCUCACUCUGUCGUCGUCGCUCACAGGGCCAAGAGUCAAACAGUGGACGAUGAUGGACAGAGUUGUUAUACUGGAAAGGUAGCGGAGGAGGAGGAGGGGGAGGACAGGAACAAUCCAGACAAAGAUGAGGGGUUGUCACAUGUUGUCAGCUACCUGUGCUGCCUGUCAGUGUGGGUUGUUGUGGCCCUGAGUGUCAGGUGGCGAUGGAGGCUGCAGGAAGAGUGGGCUGCUGCCUGUUUGCACACAACCAACUCCCUCAUCAGCUGUUUACCCAACCUGCUCAGUCCUAUACCCAUCACUGUGAAUCCGUGCUGGGGCAUGGUCUUCCUCUACCUUCUCCUGCUGCUCCUGACCACGAGCACAAGCCUGCACAUGCGACGCCUGGCCUCUGCACGUAUCGAGACGCAUCAAACAAAACGCUGGCUCAACAAUAACAGUGACAAUUGCCGGCAAGGCCUCGUUCCAGCCCGCUCUGCACCCACCAAGCCUGUGAACCGUGGGAUGUCGGUGUCAGAGUCGGCACAAUGUGUUGACCCAGAGAAAACAGAGAGCAGCUGCACUGUUCACAGAGCAUAUUCCUGGAACAUUGUGCAGAUGUUAGCGCAUCACCAUGGAGACUUUGUCCUCAUCUCCCCCGGGUGUUUGUCUGCAGAGUGGGGAGGACAUGAGCUCCAAAGGACAAAGAGAGGUGUUCCUCUGACAUUUAUCACGGAGGGACGAGUGGACUCACAAUUCAGGAGCCAGUUUGGGUGGCGGCGGCGGUGGGGUUUUCCCGGCCUGUGGGUGAAUGUAAUGAUAGGGUCCGUGGGUGUGCUCUCCAUCUUUGUGCUGCCUCUGAACCUCAGCGUGAACAUUCUUCUGAUCAGGACUAUAGAGACACUGCUGGAGCUGUUUGUCAUAUCUUUGGUUUCAUCUGCAGCAAAUCCAAGCAACACAUCAGUGUCUCACAAUGAAACAUUUGUGUAAACAGCAGACCGGGUAAACGUGGAUGCCGAUUGGAGCCUAUUUGCAACAGAAUCACCAGAUUAAUAUUGCAUGUGUGCCGAGUAGACGGCAGGUCUACCUGUCAGCACUGGUUUGUAUAUUGUGUAAAUAAGCAUUUCUGAGCAGCUCUUCACGUGAGGAAUAAUUUGUGGAAAGUGCUGUAAGGUGCUGAGAAGGCAGGCUGAGGCGUGUCUGUCAGAGAGACACUAAACCCUGACUGAAACAAAUGGCUGGAAGGGCUUCUUUUACUAUUCAGAGCCUUGAGAUCUGCAAUGAUUUUUCAUCUCCCAGUGUGUUACAGACUGAACCUCUCCAGUGGAAUACGACUAUUCCAUGGGCCAACAGUGUUUUUGAAAGUAAUGAUCUGAGGUGUGCUGAUGCUGCAUAGCAUAAACCCUGCAAGACAAAACCUUUAAAUAAAUACUGAGUGAUCUGAGGACGAA